ACGAUAUCUCCCUCUUCUUCAAGCACGUUUCAUAUACAUAUAACUGCAACUUGAGGAACUGAACAUCACUCACUGACAAGUUUACUAUAUAUCCUCGCGGCUGCUACUGCCUCACACACACACAUCAGCACCACAAAUCGAAGCUUUUCCUCCCUCCCUCCCUCCCUCUUUCUCUCUUUCUCUCUCAUUUCCUGUUAAAAAGUGCUGAAGGAAAAGCCAAUGGCUUCUAGGAGUGAUGAUAACAAGAGAAAAGUGAAGUCAAAUGAAGCCAUGAAGAACGUAGGUGUGAGCAAGGGAGCUUGGACGCCAGAAGAAGACAGGAAACUAGCUGAGGUUAUUGCAGUUCAUGGGGCCAAGAAGUGGAAAUCCAUCGCCGCCAAAGCAGGCCUUAACCGGGGUGGUAAGAGUUGCAGGCUGAGAUGGUUGAACUAUCUUAGGCCUAAUAUCAAGAGAGGAAACAUAUCAGAACAAGAAGAGGAUUUGAUACUUCGACUUCAUAAACUCCUCGGAAACAGAUGGUCUUUAAUUGCGGGAAGGCUUCCGGGAAGAACGGACAACGAGAUAAAGAACUACUGGAAUUCUCACUUGUGCAAGAAGAUAAAGCAGAGGGAGCAGCAAUCAACAAGACAAGAGAAACAAAGACUAGUACUGUUGGAGGGGGCAAAUAUUCCUGAAGAGAAUUCUACAGAGCAAGCUGAUGAAGAGGCAUCAAAGGAACCCAAUUUUGACAAUGUGAAUAGGUUCUUUGACUUGUCCAUCGAAGAAGGUCAAGUGAAUCUGGAGUGGGUUAAUCAAUUCCUUGAAUUAGAUGAGGCUACACUUGGACUCUUCUCACAAUAAAACCUUAAUUAGCUACCUUCUUGCAGAAGUUCUAUUUUCUUGGAGUAAUAUAUGGUAGCCAAAGCCCAAAACUAAAAUGUGCUCUUCUGCCCAUCUGUACAACCUUUCUUCAUCAUGGAAUAUUAGUGUAGUUAUAUAUUGAGAAGUGAUGUAUGCAUUCUUUAGAUUAUUGGAUCACUUGUGGCAACUUCAUAGGGGCAUGAAUGUCUCAAAUUUCCUUUUAUGACUAAGAGACCAUGGUAUCAUUAUUCCACGGUUAGGUGUGACAAAUGACAAAUUAGACAUUGCUACAGAGCAUGUAGGUAUAAUGAACC